AUGACUGUUUCUAUCCACUGUCUUGCUGAUGUUUGCCUUAUUCCCAUUGGCACAGGCACGGCCUCUGUUCUGGACGAGGUGGCCGUGAUCACCAAAAUGGCAAGAGAGCUGCACCUCAGCACCACGCUCCAUUCUGCUGGUACCACUAUCGCUGGACCCUGGAAUGAGGUGAUGGAUCUCAUUGGUCAGUUCCACGAGAAGUUGCAUGAAAAGGGCGUCGUUCGGAUCCAGCUGGACAUCCGUGUUGGCUCAAGAACCGAUAAGGCACAGUCGCCUCAGGACAAGAUCGAUAUUGUGGAGAAGAAGCUCAAGACUGCUCAGGAGUAG